AUGGCGGAUGGACAGGAAGUUGCUUUCGGGCCACAUGGUCGUGAAGAUGGGCAACCAUGGGAUGACGGAACCCACAAUACAAUAAGAGAAUUAAUUAUAUAUUCCGCAUCAAUAGUUAGAACCAUUCAAGUUGUCUAUGAUGAUGGUGAAGGAAAUCCAAUUACGAGAAAAAACACAGUCGUGACUGCGAAGAACCAAACAGGGUAUAAUAUAUGUAUUUCUGUCAAAUUAAAUUAUCCUACCGAGUACCUCGUCUCAAUAUCAGGAUACACAGGGUCCUAUCUUAAUACACAUGUUGUGAAAUCUUUUACAUUACAAAGCAAUACAAGGCAAUAUGGACCAUAUGGUGAGGAGGAAGGAACUCCUUUUACAAACCCGUCAACUUCUGACAAGAUUGUUGGAUUCUUUGGAAGUGGACAGAAAUGGGAUGACGGAACUUACAACACCAUAAGGGAAAUAAGUAUACAGUCUGGAUGGUUAAUUGAUUCCAUUCAAGUUAUCUAUAAUGAUAUUGAAGGAAAGGUCAAAUUAGACUACCCUAGUGAAUUUUUGCUUUCAGUUUGGGGCUACUGUGGACAAGUUAAUAAAAUGGUUGUUAUCCGGUCACUUAGAUUUCAAAGCAACAAAAGAAUAUAUGGACCAUUUGGUAUGGAGGAUGGAGAGAAAUUUGAAUUCCGAUCUGAUACUAGUGGCAAGAUCAUCGGAUUUCAUGGAAGAUCUGACAAGUAUCUUACUACAAUUGGAGCAUAUCACGACAAGUGA